CAACCAAGAAGUCACAUGGUUUACAGAAAGUGGGCUGCAAGUUAAAGAGCAGAGAAGAAGGCAGUGAGCUGCAGUCAGUCAGAAGAACAAACACAGUUUACAGUCAGUCUGUCAGCAGAUCCUCUCCUAACUUUAUUCAACCAAACUUUCAGCUGCAGUCUUUAAUGUAAACAGGAAGUAGAGUUCUGUUUACUUCCUGACUUGUGGAUGUUGAUCGAGCUGAGUUAGUGUCAGUGUUUACCUUCCAGUGAACAUGGCUGAACACAGCCUCUGCAGGAGGACAUCAGAGGGAACCGCAGCAAAUAUAAUGUGAAUAAAAUCUGAUCCAGUUUGAAUAAAGUUCUGAAGCUGUGGUUCUGUACAGUAAUCAGUGAGGCUCGGACAUGACUGUAGCAGCCCUCACAUUCAGUCAAUGACUGAAUCAGACUUUGACUUGAUCUCAUCUCUCCAUCAUGGCCACCGCUGACCUGCUGCUGGAGCUGAUGUUCUCCUGGAUCGAUCAGAGGGAGUGCUGUGCAAGGCAGCUGAAGAAACUGGCCAAUGAGCUGGAGUCACUCAGGGAUAUGUGUAACGGUGGUGAAUGUAUCGGCAACUCAGUGUCCGUGGUUGGGGCUGCAUGUCUACUCGGUGCCGGCGCAGCCACUUUGUUCACCGGUGGAGCAGCUGCUCCAUUUUUAGGUCUAUUAGGAGGAGUGUAUACAGGUGUAGGUGUCACCAUGUCUGUGGUUACUAAACUCACUGAACACUUUGUAUCAAGUGAUACCAUGAAAGAGGCUGAGAAGAUAGAAGAGAAGAGCAACAACAUUGCACAAAGAAUCCAGAAGCUGUUUGAUCAACUGAAGGCAGAGAUCAAGAAGGUUAGUCCCUCUGCAGAUCUAGAUGAAGUGGACCGAAGCGUCAUGACUAAACUUCUGGGAGCCAUGGCCAGACGAAGUGCACUGGAGAUGAAGAUCGGCUUUAGCAAACUUCAUGACAUGUUGCACCGUUCACCUCAUAAAGGCAUGAACAUGGACAUGUACAUGCAGCUCAACCCAAUCCCCAAACCCAUCUUCAACAUAAUGACAAGUGUUGUACUUCUCUAUUCGUGUGCUAUUUUAACAUUUCUCACAUUUCAAAAGAGGGGGAAAGGUAGCAAAAUUUUAUUGCUGAAGCAACCAAACGACUGAUCAAACAGAUGUCAACAACUGGAGUUAAAACAGCCUUUAAAGGAGGCGCCAUGGUGGUGGGCGGAGCUGUUGGACUGGCGUUUGCAUUUCCUGAGGCGGUUGACAACUGGAAAGAGGCGAUCAAGAACAAUCAUGUGACUAAAGCGAGCCAAUCACUGAAAGAUACAGCCGACGCCAUUCUAAAGAUGACCAGGGAACUGAGAGAACAGUUUGACAACAUGAGGAAAAUGUUGGUAGAUGUGGCAGAACAACAAGAACAAGAGAGAAUCGAGAUGGCUAGACGUCAACGAGAACAAGAGAGAAUCGAGAUGGUUAGACAUCAACGAGAACAAGAGAGAAUCGAGAUGGCUAGACGUCAACGAGAAAAAGAGAGAAUCGAGAUGGCUAGACGUCAACGAGAACAAGAGAGAAUCGAGAUGGCUAGGCGUCAACGAGAACAAGAGAGAAUCGAGAUGGCUAGACGUCAGCAAGAACAAGAGAGAAUCGAGAUGGCUAGACGUCAGCAAGAACAAGAGAGAAUCGAGAUGGCUAGACGUCAGCAAGAACAAGAGAGAAUCGAAAUGGCUAGACGUCAGCAAGAACAAGAGAGAAUAGAGAUGGCUAGGCGUCAAAAAGAACAAGAGAGAAUUGAGAAGGCUGAGCAUAAAAAAGAACAAGAGAGAACCGAGAAAGCUGAACGUCAAAAAGAACAAGAACAGCAAAAUAAACAGACAGGAAGUGAGCCGCAGAGAGGGAAUGAUCAGGGAGAUAAAGAGAGAGAUCAAGAAGAUGAAGAGAGUGAUCAGGAGGACGAAGAGAGUGAUCAGGAGGAUGAAGAGAGUAAUCAGGAGGAUAAAGAGAGUGAUCAGGAGGAUGAAGAGCGCCAACAGGUUGAUGACUUACCUAACAUAACAACCUUUGAAUACGUUGCCAGAGUUCUACAACAUGAUACGUGGAACGAGCCGAUCCUGUUCAUCAAUGUGUAUCGCCCCUCAAAAUACCUUACAAGGGCAAAACUCAGGGCAUUUCUGAAAGAGUUUCAAAGUCUCUUGGAUCAUUACAGAAACUACAACAACGUCAUUGUGGCUGGAGAUUUCAAUAUCUGGGUUGAUACUCCCGAAUUCAUUCCAUCCCGGUUUCUUGAAUUUUUGGAAAACAAUAACCUUGUUCAGCAAGUAAAUGAGCCAACACACAAGAAGAAUCACAUUCUGGAUUUGGUCAUGUCCAGAAAUGUUGAUAUCUCUGGUCUCUCUGUGCAGAACGACGGAAUAUCUGAUCAUUUCACCAUUUCCUUUAAAGCAAAACCAAAAGAUCAGGAGGGUAAAGCAGUGAAGGUGGGGUUGCUCAAUUGUCGGUCAGUGAAUAACAAACCAGAAAUGAUUUUUGAUCUCAUAGAACGAAACAAUCUGGACAUCUUUCUCUUAACAGAGACGUGGUCAAAAGACAACACCGCAUUCAAAGUUUUCACAGAGGCUUCACCAGAAGGUUUCAGUUUCAUUUAUAAGUCGAGGAAGGAGCGUAGAGGAGGAGGGGUAGCAAUUCUUAUCAGAAAAGAAUUAUUAAAACAAAUAAAUGAAAUGAAAUCCAAAAAACAAGAUCAAGACGAGUCAGUAAAACGAUUCAAAGAGAAUGAAGAAUAGAAAAUGAUCAUGGUCUAAGAACACUGACAACACUUAAAUAAAAUAUUGAAUGACAUUUAUUAUAUAGUGUGUUGGAGAAAGGCUGUCAGAGGGGGUUCAUUUAGAGAUUUUCUGUGUCUCUCAGCCGUCACUCAUACACAGACAGAGCACAGCUGCAGUUAAUUGCUCUGACCUGCAGCUAACCCUGGUUGCUUGGCAACCUCAAGCCUGCCUUUGACUAACUUUAUUGAAGUCUCUGUGCUACUGCAUUGUCAAUAAUAAUGUAUUGGCCACAGUCAGACACAUUCCCGGCCCUAAACAAUUUGGUGCCCUAGGCAAGAUUUAAGGCGGUGUCCCUCUUGCAUCACAGCACUGCCAAUUUACAUACAAACACACAAGAAACUAAAUAGCUUUGUCUUGGACAUUUUAUUUUAUUUUUACAAAACAAGUUGCCCAAUCAAAACAAUAAACACAAAGAUAAUAAAAUAAAAAAUACCAAUAA